UUGCUGUGUCUUUCCCAGAGGAGUAUCUCUCUCAUCUCUCAUCAUGGUUUCCAAGGUCCUUCUUUGCUGUCUCUUCGCAUGUGUGGCUUCAGCAGUGGUUGAAGAAUACCCACCCCAGCCAUACAGCUUCUCCUACGACAACACCGACGAGUUCGGCACCCGCAUCGCUCAAGAAGAGAGCGCCGACGCCAACAACGCUAGGGUGGGAUCCUACAGCUACACCGAUGCCGCCGGAAUGACCCGUACCGUGAGGUACACCGCCGACGCCACCGGCUUCCACGCCACCGUCGAGACCAACGAGCCAGGGACCAAGAGCUCCAACCCCGCUGACGUUCAGGUCGCCUCCUCUGCCGUUUAGGGGCCAGCUCCAGUAGCUCUCAAGGUCGUAUAGCCUGCCCCAGUGGUGCGCUCCGUCCACGGCU